GUGUAAAAAUAUAUACCUACGCACAUACAUAGGUACAAAUGAUACUGAGAUUGUUUGAGAUACAGAUGAAGUAUGCUCUAAAUUUGGUAAUGGCAAUGUUGGCGUCAAAAAAUCGACCGUACCGACGACUGAAGUACUUACAUACAUAUGUAUAUAAAAAUAAGAGAUUGAUGUAUUCAAGCUUCGCCCAAUUUGAACAUGGAUUCAUUUAUUAUAUAUCAAUACAAAAUAUGGAUUGGAACCCCGAUCUAUUUGUAGCUUUUUAUAAAACCAUAAUAUUAAGCCAGAUGUAUUAGAUUUUAAAAUUACACAUGUAACUGAAUUAUUGACGAAGUACUUAAAAGCGAACUUUGUAUGAAAUUUAUAUCACUGUUUUUUAGAAAAAUAAACCAAGAAAUAACUCUUUUGAUUAUAGGACCAGAGGAAUUGAGACGAAAACGUCAAAGGACUGAUGGCGAUACAAUGCAUUUCUCGCCGCAACAACAAAGUGAUCACCCAGGUGGUCGCAUUACAAAUUGGAAUACACCCAUUAUACCAGCGAUUAAGACGGAACCAAGAGAAGCAUCACCCCAACCAUUUAACUUAUAUCGCGGAACUUCGGAGAUGACUCCAUCUCCCCAGCCUUUAUCACCGCCGAAUAAUUACAAUCAUCCAAAUACACCAUCACCAUAUAACAUGACUGCAGGAGGAAAUACACCAUUGAUGUCGCCUAGCCAUCAAUAUCAAGGGAGCACCGCGGUCGGGGGAGUUCCACCAAAUACUGAUACAAUGCCCAUUCCACUAGAGAUGCAUAACGAGUUUAACUCAUAUAGAGGUGGUCAGCCACAGCCAGUACAACUCCAUUCGCGGCAGUAUGUGCGUCAUUCUGAACUGCCACAACAGCAGGACUCACAUCAACAACCACAGCAUAAUCAGCAUCAGCCACAGCAGCAGGAAUAUCAUAAUCUUCUUUACGGCAAUACAGGGGCAACAAAUUGGGAGGAAAAGUAUUCUAAUGUGCUACCGGUAAUGGGCAAUAUGAGCACAGCAGCAGCAAUAGCAAUGAAUAAUCUUAAUGCAAACAACAACCAGUUCAAUUUGCAGAAUUUGUUAACGGCGACAGCCACUGCUAUGUCAGCUGAAACGCAAAAUCCGCAUUGGAAUUUUCCACCAAAUCAUGAGCAGAAUGCACAACUACAGCAUCAAAUGCAAAUUCAACAACAGCAGUCACCGCAAUCACCAUUCCAGCAACCAUCGAAUAACAAUCACGAUGCGACAAUGGUAAACUUGUCAAGGAGCAACAACGCAAACAUUGCGAACAUUGUUGAUACUGUCGGAGACGGUGAUCAGGGACCAACGAUAAGUAACUUAUUGAAUUUCGAUAGUGGGCAGCUUGUGCACAUCAAUUCUGAGGAACAGCAAAUGCUUCGACUCACCUCCGAAGAACUCAGACUCUCCAAUUUGUCUAUAUCGUCGUGACGAUGAAGUGUAGUACAUCAUUAGUUUAAGGAAACCCCUAAUAUUGCAUAUUAUUUUUGGCCCCAAAACCGCAUCAACUCACAUAAGGGUAUGCAUGGGUUGAUGUUUAAGGUGAUUGAAAAAAUAAAUGCCAUACGUACAUGUCACGUCAUAGCACCUCUUACGGGCACCCUUAUACAUAUGCAUGUGAGUGUGUAAUUGCGAGAGAAAAACUUACGAAAUUAAAAUAUAAAUUUAUCAGUGUUUAGUCAUUGAGUUGUGCUUAGGUUUAAUCGUUUUCUAUUGUAUGUAGUAUAUUGAUCCAAAAAUUAAAUAACAAAUUAUUGAUA